CGGCUGGGUACGAGUCUGCCCUGAAGUCACGAGUAGAGUUCCGGGAGAAAUGGCAAGUGCAAGGACUUCUCUUGCAGUGAGCAUCUUUAUGAUGGUCAUAGCAGGUUGCAUAUCAGAGGAAACCUGUGAAAGAGUCGACACGUGUUCUUGCAAGUUUAAGAACGGAUCGAUCGUCAAUUUGAAGCCGGCAGAUGGAGGAGAUUCGCCAAAGUUAGUGAAAAUGAAAGUUAUAUGAUUUUGCCUUCAAAAAACGAUUAGUGGGUCACAUCUUAUACAAAAUAACAGUGAUUUAGUUUUUCAAACCCGCACCAUUUUCUUAAAAUGAGUAAGUUCGUGGCUGGUCACGUGACCAAAAUGUGAUUUUUAAAACAAUGAAUGACCUCUUUCCGAACAUAAAUUUUGCACUUAAACUUCAAGGAAAUUGUUGAAAAGAUGAUGUGGUAACAUAUACAGCACAUCUGAGUGUAACUAUCAAACGUUUAACAAGAUACAAGCAAAAAGUAGGUUGGCGACCAUGUUGGAGGGCAAGUCAGUAUUCCCUCCAACAUGGCGGCCAAUACAAAUCAUACUACUUUGUUGAAAUAUCAAAGUGCCAUAAAAUAUCUCCCUUAAAUGCGUUUCCUCUCAAAUUUCCAGUGUAAGAUGAUUUUUAUGCGCUCUGUCAAUUUUUGUCAUCAACAGGAUUCCAAGUCAUUGUUUAAAGGAAGCAUUGGUCAUGUGACCUCUUAGUGCAAAUGGCCUAUUAAUUAGCACUAGCUGUAGCUGUCAUUUGUUAUUUUAAUGUAGUUGUUUCCUACAAUAGCCUGCACUUAGGCAUUAACUGUUUAUUUUGGUUGGGAUACUAUCUCAAUUAUUUUAAAGAAUGAAAUAUACAACUGAAAUCAAAUCGUAAACGCUAUGUUUCAAUGAGCUCAUGCUAAAACUGAGUGAAUUAAAGUGGCAGAAAUUCCCCCAGGUGGGGGGGGGGAGGGGGGAGGGUACUCCCUUCUUUUGCCUUUACGAUUAUGUGCUGCUGGACAGGGUAUGGUUUUUGAGACCUCUCUGUCCUAAACAGGGUAUUAAUUAGUCUUGCUUGCGUAAGCAGCGAGAAUCAUAAUCUGCAAUGCAUUUUUCACCUUAUUUAGGACACAAAAGGGGGUCAUUGUGCCAGGUGUUCCUUGCGGAGACUGUGGAAACUGGGACUAAGAAUCGUUGCGUGAUCAGGUUUUGUGAAGAAAGCUUAGGAAAGAUUAAAUUUAGAGCUUUUCCGAAAUGUCCACGAAUUUUAUCGCGUGAAAGUGUUGAUUACUUUGGAACAAGUGAACGCUACAAAGUGGUCGAAAAAAAAUAAGAAUCUUAAUUAGCAAAACUGUGAUGGUUGGUUGUUGUAAACUUUCAUUGUAUGCAAAUAGGUCUUGUGAUGAGCGUGCUGUUUAUUUCUGGUGAUGAUUGAAAUGACGUGCCAUGUAAAUCACUUUUUUGGUCUCUGGCAAUGAUGUAAUUUCUCACGCACAUAGCCUGCAACUGCAGACGUAUUUCCGGUCGUCACUAGCACGCAUACUAAAUCAAUUCAGAAACAAACAAAAAGUAUUGACGUCGAUAAAGUAGGAAGUAAAAAACCUUUAGUGAGUAAAUCCUGUUUCGUGUAGAAUUAAUCCCCUCCUCAUUUCUCGAUCUAAUCUCCAAGCAAACAAGACUUAAUGCUGAUGUAAGAGCAAUCUUGUUUCCCUUGAGUCUGUUGUAAACUGGGUAUAUAUUUUUGUGCGAGUCUGUCUUAUUUAUAAACAGGGUAUUGCCUGUACACUUGAUUUGAUUUGGUUGAUGACGGCACACAUUUUGUUCUUUACUUGGUUUGAUGAAUUGGUCAUAGUGAAGCUUCAACAUCCCCUCUUCCUGGUGGUGGGAAAGGUGACCCCUAGCUUUGAUUUCUUAUGAUACAUUGGGGUGCGCUUGCACAGGGCAUUGUCAAGGCCGACAUGGCAAUUUUGGAGUAUUGUAAAGGGAAAGAUAAUUAUAGCUUUGUGGCAGCUUGGCUUAAAAGCAAAGGAGUAGGCAAGCUUUGCUCUGUCUGCAGACUCAGCUUUGAGAGCAUAUUAGAAAGCUACGUUAAUAGUUCAAGGAGUAAGGUAGCUCCUUCUUAAUUUCCCCAGGGUAGAGGCAUUUGAUCACCCAAAAUGGACCUACUGUAUGAAGGGCAUUGAUCUGUUAACGGCUUGUUGGUUCAGGUAGUGGGGAAUGUAACAGCAAUUUUACAAACAAUCUAAUGCCCAGUGGCUGCUUGGGGUGGGGAUGUUAAUUUAGCUUUCAUAUAGCAGAAGUUUGCCAAAGAAUGUAUUACUGGUCAACAGAUAUACUGGAAUAAGUGGAGCUCAAAGUCGCACAUUUGAUUGGAACCCCUGCACACCAUUUGAUUUUGAAGCCUGUAAACAAGUGUUGGUAAGUCUCAGUAUUUUGAGGAUGAGCAAAGCUCUGAGAUGGUGAGUGUGUGUAACUUGCUCUUCCCACCUAGAUAAGCUUUUGCUAUUUGUAGUAAAAAAGUAAAAUUUUAAAUUCUGAAUGACAAACAAAAAUGAUAUGAAAUGACCUGAUGUAAUAAAUGUGAUCUUGGCACUGUAAAGGGUAAUGGUACAGGAUAAGGGACCUCCCCGUACAGGAUAAGGGACCUAACCGCCGCCCGGUUAGCUCAGUUGGGAGAGCACCGGUCUGCUGAGCGGGAGGCCGUAGGUUCAAACCCCGGCCGGACCAACACUCAGGGUCUUUAAAUAACUGAGGAGAAAGUGCUGCCUUUGUAAUAAAAUCUGCAAAUGGUUAGACUUUCUAGUCUUCUCGGAUAAGGACGAUAAACCGUAGGCCCCGUCUCACAAGCCCUUGCACAUGAAAUAAAUCUGUGGGACGUUAAAGAACCCACACACUUCUUCGUAAAGAGUAGGGCACGUAGUGCCCGGUGUAGUGGUCUAUCUCACUUUCACACUCAUGUAUGGGGGCAUCAUCACUCAUUCCUUCAGUACUUGUAAACUGCACCUUAAGCAGUCUGACAAAGUCCCCCAACCAGUGUUGUAAAUUAUCCCUGAAAAGCCCUGUGGGGAGUGGAUAAUAAGAUAUUUACAUUUACACCUCUUGAAAUAGGGAGUGAAGCAAUAAAACCUGUCAAUAUAAUCUAAUGUUGUAGUUUAGGAAACAAAGGUAAAAUCAAAAAUUAAGUGAAAAUCAAAACUAGUUUGAAAGGAAGAGGGCUGAGAACUAUGAUGGUGGCUGGGCAAUGACAGCCAUUUUCCCUUCUUAUACAUUAUAUGUGAUCAAUCUCCUUGAAAAAAUAAUGCCUGCAAAAACUGCAGUUAUAGAACCCUGGUAACUUGGUUGUGAAUGCAAAGAAACACCAAGCUUUAAUCUUUGGUCAAACUGACCACAAAUUCUCUUUUCUAGUGAAAUGCGAGUUAGAUAUUUUUGGAAUGACUAUAGAUAAUAUACUUAAUUUUGACAGCCACAUAUCUACUGUUUUUAAUAAAAAUCAAUUUAAUGUAAUGUUACGGUUCCACAAUAUCAUCUCUAAGGACAAAAUGCUUAAGUUGUACAAGGCAUUCAUUCUGCCGCACUUUUAUUAUUGUUCUUCAGUGUGGCAUUUUUGUGGAACACGCAACAGUGAAAAGCUCGAGGCAGUUAACAAGUAUAUUCUUAGAUUUAUUUUAAAUGAUUGUACUUCUCACUACAUCACUGCUUAACAAGGUUGAAAUGAAUUCUUUGUAUAACAAGCGCCUUCAGAAUUUCUUAAUACUAAUUUACAAGAGUCUAUUUUUUAAUGAGUAUACAACUUAUAUGAGGAAUAUGUUUACUAUUACCAUACAACCUAUAAUUUGCACAGUACCCAUAUGUUGACUCUAAGCAAGCCUAGAAAAACAACCUAUGGACUACACCCUUUUUCUUAUUUUUCCGCCCAGCAAUGGAUCGAUCUUCCUGACGAAUUAAGGACAGUACUUUUAAUGAUUUUAAGCAACGUGUGCAAAGUCUGAAUACGUUUGAUUAGUUUUCACUAUUUUGUCUUAUUUUGUGUGUGUAUUUUUUUUUUCAGAAUUAGAUAUCUUAAUAAUUAAGAAAAUAAAUUAUUUGUUUCUCGAAGAUAUUAGCUAUAUAGGGUAGCUACUCUAAAAUUCAAGUUAAAAUAAAGGUACAUGUAAUUAUGUAUGUAUGUGUGUAUGUAUGUAUGUAUGUAUGUAUGACUUGUAUGUAUGUAUGAACUUAAGUAAUGAUCCGGGUAAGGUGGAUAGCAAUUUCUUUUGUUAUGCGGCAACGGUGCUUUCCCCACAUAGGAAUGUUCUCAUUUUUACGCAGAGAAUGCAUAAACCUACAUGAAGGCCAUUUACGCAAUAAAAUGCAUUUACACUCCACUUUGAAAGGGUGUUUUUUUGUGUUAACAGAUUUUGGCCAAUCACAAGAGUUGAAAACAAUAGCCAAGAAAAGUUUACAAUUUUACAUGUUCCCCACAUAGGAUUUCUUUUAAAUUCAAACUGAGACCAGAUUUUGUUAUAUGGAAGAUGGUUGGAAAGUGAGGAUGAAUAUAUGUACUGCUUUAUGAAGUUUUGUUAACUUUUGCUGUUUAAGCCAAUCAGAAGUAAGCACAGACAAUAGAAAAGUUAGCACCUUUUUUGCAUUGCAACAUGUUCGUUGCCGUUGUUGCUAUCGUUCUUAUCUGGACCGUUUCUUAAUUCCUUGCCAACUCAAGCCAAGUCCCAUUUUCCUUGGAUGUGACACCACUUUUCAGUUGUUUUUACUUGGUUAAAUCAGUCUUGAAUAACUUAAUCCAAAUUUUUUUUAAAUAAAUGGGUUGUAUGCUGUUUACAAUAAGCAAAACUUGUGUAAAAGCUAGAAUUGAUGAAGGCACUUUAAAUUAGUAAAAUCUAAACACUUGUUCAAUAAAAUCAAUAGUUGAACCUUUAAUUCUUAUGUAAUAACUACUAAUAGUUGACACUACAGCUGCCCCCGUUUUGUAUAUUGUCGGUCAAUAGUAUUCUUGCUGGUUGUGUAGCUCUUUGAAAUAUACCGAUUCAUAAUGAAGAUUUUCACACAUAUUCCAUACAAUAGGUGAGAUAAAUACAGGAAACGCAAGGUUCUACGCACAAUUUCAGCUCGAUUUACACAGCUUUGAUCAAAACAUCCUCAGUUUCGAGAAUAGUUUAUUCUAAACCAUAAGAAAAGAUUCAAUUAGAAGUUGAAUUUUUCGCUAUGUCUCUUUCCCUUUUUACAUUCAGUUCAUUUUAUUUGCCGGAAAGACUAAGCCUUAGAAAUUAAAAGGACGUUUGAUCGAUUCACGCUAGCGCAUUCUAGUCUUAUUUGAAACUUUAUAACGGAAGGACAUCUGUGAGCAGGGAAUAAGUCAGCACAGAAUUUGAUUGUCAGCGAAUUUCUGUAAAUGUCCAUCAUAUCUGCUAGUGAUAAGCUAGUCGUUGUUCAGUCGUCUUGCUUGUUUGGGGCUGAGUCUUAUUCCGGUCAAAGAGAGAGAAAGAGUGUCUGGCAAGGUUUCCCAUAUAAAUCAAAGAUUUGUGAACUUGUGUCUGGCAAACUCUCCAACUGUUUAUAUAUCUACACAGUGUAAAGCACCUUAUAACCUCCCCUGCGCAUAACGAGUGUCUUUUGGUCCAUAACUUUCAAAACAACUGCUCCACAGAAUGUCACUGCAUAGCGCAAAAGAGUAUCGAAAUAUGACUGCACAAUAAAUGUCACAAAAUCUACCUGAGUGGUCCCCUCGGGAUUUUCUGUCUUUACGUCAUCCUAACCAUUUCGUACUUGCGGGUGCAAACAAUAGAAACGUCAUCAUUACCUACCGAUUCCUCGCGGCCCCAGUUCGAGCAAAUUUUUUCUAGUAUACCGACUGUAUAUUUGAACUGUAAGUACUGUCCUUAAUAUAUGCGCGAGUUACUAGGGUGCCUCCUCGGGAGGCGAAAUCCCUGCGGGGGCAAUAAAUUGUGUUAAAAUGCCUUAUUUUUUUCCUUUUUUCAUGUUAUUUUUCAUUGGUCCUUUAUUUUUCUUUUGUUUCUCAGUCUUGUCAAAUUACAAAUGAUGCUCAAUAUCCAGCUGGGACAAAAGAGACCACUUUUUCGGUGGACAGUGAAGGCAAUGUAGUUAUUACAUAUGGAAAAUCUACGAGUGGUAGCAGUGAAAGGUAUGAUACACAGAAGUGUUAUCCAAAUAGGCUAAUUUCCUCAGAUGGAUAAUCCGACUUAAUGUAAAAACAGAACGGUUUUAAUUUUGGAUAUAUUCACCUGUUUAUAUGUCACUUUUAACAGAUUUUGAAAAGAAAUUACCGCUGUCCAUCUGUGUGUGAAUCUGGCCAAUGACUGUAUAAUUGACAAGCACAAUGGAAUUAAGCAUCCCCCAGGGCGAAGCCAGCCAUUUUUUCCUUUUAAGCCCACAAUGUAUAAGUCCUGAAAAGCUAGGGGGGUGGGGGGAGGGGUGGGAGGUUGAGGACAUAUAAUAGCAACCCACAUUAAUGCUGAACUGUAAAGAGGGUUCAUCCAGAGUCUUGAAUUCUUGAAAAAGUCUAGAAUUAGCCCAGCAAACUUUUCCAGACCUGGAAAAAGUCUGGAAAAAUGAUAAAAAGUUGUGAGCUUUAUUUCAAAGCUACAAAGCUGCUUUAUAAAAGUGAAUUGUUUUUCGUUUUGGUCAGAUCUUAUUCAGUCUCAGCCGUAUAUGUUUGCAGUGCAUCAUGAAAAAAAGCUUUGUUCCUGCUUUUUUAAGGUCACUGUUGAUCACCUAUUUGAUCACCUAUUUGAUAACUGGAAAAAGAAAUUAUUGUUUUGGAAAAAAAUCUGGAAACAGUCUUAAACUGAUUUUAGAGCGAAGAAUCUAUAUGCACCCUGUAUAAACAAUUAUGGCACAGUUGUUCCGGUUUACUUUAAAAUGUUACCUUUAACCCAUUCAUCCCUGGAUGUUAUGUCGAAAAACAAAUUUUGAAGCUAGUCGAGUGGUUUUCUGGUCACUGUCGUGCUUUAAAGAGCUAAAACUUACCAUAAAGCUAUUUACACUGUACAGGUCAUACACUUUGCGGCCUUCUGAUCCAGAUGCAGAAAAAAUUGUAUUAGCUUGCGAAGUUUGGGCAUGGAUUUAAAAGUGACACAUCAGUCUCGCUUUCCCUCCUCCCCUCUUUUUUGCUUUUCUUGCGUCAUUAUUUUCUUUUGCUGGGCAUUUAGUAGGCUUCAUUUUGGAGGGAAACUUUUUUAGGAAAGCUUUUAGGAUCUUAGAACUAGGUGAAAGGAAGGGUAGCAGGGUAGUGGAACAAGAUUUUCAUGGAAAUUUUCAGGUCAAUGUUACAUGGAUUUUUGCCUUUUUUUUUGGUGUCCUUGACUGAAAUUCAGUAACCGCCUGCGCACAUCCACAUCCUUUCUACCGCUUGUGACCUCAUCAGUUUUGAUGGUUUGCAAGGACAACUUUGUCCGCUAACUUAUGCAGGGUGAAGAGAUCUUUCAAACCAUACCAGAACGAGUACAAUUACCAGAAUGUACUCAUUUUGGUAUGGUUUGAAAGAUCUCUUCACUCUGCAUAAGUUAGCGGACAAAUUUAAGUUGUCCUUGCAAACCAUUAAAACUGAUGAGGUCACUAGCAGUAGAAAGGACGAGGAUCUGCACAGGCGGUUACCAGGGCGGCUCAGGGGUGAAUAGGUUAAUGAGUAAUAAGCAGUGAAUUAUCAGCAAAAGCCUUUUUGAAUUCUUUAAAGAUCUCUAUUUACACUCAUGUAUAUCUCUCAAGUUCAAUAGAGACAUAAGUAUCUUUCUGUGGUAUGACUGGCUUGUGUACAUAUAGAGAUGGGAAUCGGCUGUUUUCUCAAUAUCAUUGAUCGCAUGUAGAGCUUUUCGCCCUUCUCGUAGUGCACUAUCAUGGUUGUUUUACAUCAUAUAAUGGUUUGGGCAAAUGGUAAGCAAAAUUCAUCAGGUCUGGUAAAUUUCAUCCCAGAACCCAUUUACCAUUUGUAGAAAUCAGUUCCAUUUACCAAAAAACGAUCACAAAAAACUGUAACUGGUAUCAAGUAAAGAUAUAUGGCUAUGAAGGAAUGGAACAUGGAUUCAGAACCGUUUAAAACAUUCUGUCCGGAAAACAGGAUUAUCUUUAAUUUGCAGCAGUUGCCCCUGGAAAUUUUGUGACGAGAAAAAAAAGGUUGCGUCCCAUUUACUUUCCAACUGCCUAUUUUGCGGAAACUUUUUGUAAAUUGUAAACAACCCAUGUUUCUGAAGUCACAGUGGACGCUGACAUGGCACGGAGAAAAAUGAGCACAGUGGCGUCUUUCUCAGUUGUAAGGUCUUUAAAUGUUUUGCUUUAUAGUGUCUCUUCUUAGUUGUCAAAAGCAAGGUAACUGUUUCAAUGCAGAAUAAACAUAGUCAACCAGGGUAUGAAAUUAACUCUUUUUCAGUCCGCAACAUAAUAAAAACAAAAAGGCAAUUAACAAGGGGGAAAGAUUUACUAGAUGUUAUUUACGAGUUGAGACCCUACAAAAUUCCAGUUUUUUAACCAUCAUUAUGAUAAUUUCUAACCUGUUACCAAUGCAAAGUAAACAAAGUGGGACCCAUACAACGUACCUACUUGAAAAAACAAGAUAGCCCAGCAACAGAUUCAUUGUUCACACUCUACUGGAUAGUUCUUGCACCGGCACAAAAACCAUACCUGAUGGGGUUUCUCUUUCUGAUUUCGGUGCAAUUUCUGUAACAUGGCGAUGCUUUGCAUUACGUGAGCUCAUUUUAACCCAAAUUUUUGCUAAGCCCGGGCUUAAUGACUUAAAGGCAGCUAUGCCACUGCCCCGUUAAUUACUACAGUGGCUCAUUCAUCUGUGCACUAGCUUCGGUUUUGAACCAUCAGCUGCCUUAAAAAAAGUGAUGACGGUUGUAAAGUAAUAAUAAUGACAAAGACAAGGAAAAUGAUGUACAGCUUUCCUGUUUUUGAAAUAGCCAGGAAGGCAGCCUUUAUAAAGGCUUCACUUGUUAGGGCUGUUCAACCAUGCAAAGUAGAUCCCAUUUGAGCAGUUGUGUUUCUACAUCACCUGUAUUCAUCCAUUGAGCGAUGGAAUAUAACAUGCCAAGCUUUCCAUAAUGAGCUGCCAGGUUAUUUGUCAGAUCAGUUAGAGAGACUUCAAGUUUUACACUAGCUGUCUUGCAUUCAGGGCAGAGGCCAUUCACAAUAAAGUGAGAUACAAGAAGGCAGGAACAUUAUAACCAAGUGUCUUUUUCAUGAGAUUAUUGAAAGCAGGUGAUCACAAAUUUCAUGGCCUGAUUCCUGCGCACAAGAGUUCUUUCAGGUGUAUAGGUCACAAUCACAGUUCUCUAUGUCAAUACUUCCUUCUAAUAAUUCUUGUGAUGCUUAGGUCUUCUGUAUUUGGCUCCCGUAAAUUCUUGUCAGGGCUUUUCUUCUAGAGUUUAGAAGUCUAGUUCUUAGAUGUUGUUAGAUUUUUACCUCUUUCAAGUUUUUGUUUAGCUUUGCUUUUAGUAGUAUAAUUAAAAUACCAAAAUAUGUAAAAUUAUUCGUAAUUUGGCCUUUCGGCUGCCAAUAGUGUUUUUAAUAAGCUAUCCUGUCAAUUAAUAAUAUUUAUCCAGACUCAAAUAUAGUUAAUGAGAAUAUAAUGAGAAUAUAUAUGAUAUAAAUGAUAUGAGAUAACUAAACAAUAAUCUUAGCCAGUAAAUAUUUACGAAUGUAGAUAAUUUAAAAACUCCUAGGUUUUACAAUUAUUUGUUUUCAUUUUACCAAAUCAAUCAAACUAUGUAUUAUAUUGACAGACAGACAAAGAUUACAUUAAAGUGUGAUCACACCACAAAUGGAACUAAACCUAAAAGCUUUACAGAAGACAAAGUUGGAUCACUUUCAAUAUAUGUAAGUAUAUUUAAUUCAAAUGUGGUAUAGUUGGCCCCUGAAUGUACGGCAAUUUCCAAGUCAUAGUAUUAGAUGGAAUUAACUUGUUCAGCUAGUGCAGCCACUUGAUCAAUUAAAAAUGUUAAUUUCCAAGGAACCCUGGAUGUUUGGUCAGGCAUGUGUUGCCAAGUCUACAAAUUUAAAACCUCCUACUUGAUUUUUUGGUGAUCUGCUUUGGAAUGUGAACAUCCUGCUUUAAUAUAUAAAAGUAAAUUACAAUUACUAUAAAAAAAAUCUCCCAGAAUCCUUUGAGGCAAUUUUUUAAAAAGCUUUAUAACUCUAGUCUGACAAUUUUAUAUCUAGAAGACUGUCAGACCACAACAAGAUAACAUUUGCCAUAAAAUAUCUUCCCAUGUUGCAUCUGAGGUAAUGACAUCAUCAGUCAUGCAACUAUUUCCGAAUUAGGUUUUUUGGUUGCUGUGACAAGAUUUCAUUAACGAGUUAAAAACAAAUAGCACAUUUGAGAUUUUAGUUGUGUGUGCCUUUAAUUAAAAAAUAUAAACCAGUUGACAUCCAGCAUUUAAAAUUGAAGGGGGUAAUGAACGUGAGCAAAAAAGUUGGGAGACUAGGCUGAGGGUUGUAGAAGUUAAAGUCAACCUUUUAUCACAUGGGGGAGAAAAUUUGCAGGAAAGUAAUGUUCUACCUGAUAAUUUUUUUCAUGGCCAAAAGAGGGACAUGACGUCAUCAGUCAAGUGAUCAAAGCGUUUUUGAAUGUUUUAGUUCAUUUUUAAAGUACCUUUUUUGUCAUAAAUUGGCAAGUUUUUGGUGUUUUUCUCAACAAUUCUUUACACUGUAUUGUCUCUGAGUAAUUAUUAUUCCAUUUCCAAAGUAGAAGUAAACGAAAACUGAGCCAGAAGUUUAAAAGUUGCGUAAAUAAGACCGAUAUUGCAAGUUAAAAUCGAAAAGGAGACCUACUCUUGGGACUUUUGUAAAAUCCUUUUUCAACUUAACUGCAUUGUUUGGAGUGUAAAGGAGUCAUGAUGAAAUGAGUCGGUGAGUCAUGAGUCAGUGAGUCAGAUCUGAAAAAAUAAAAGUUUCGGUAGAAACAAUAAAAUUAAAUAAGCUAAUUUGCUUUUACUUAUUUUGUCUACUUCCUUCAUUGCUGCCUGCACAAGGCCAAAUUCUGCAUGAAAUCUCCACCUGGGCUGUUUGUUAGCAGUUUCCAGGCCCUGCCCCGUAGCACCCGACCAGAAGUGAAAAAUAAGGCAGCCUAAAUUUUGUGAGUGCUGCCAAAGAAAGUCUUUAAUUUCCAUUGAACACAGCUCUUAAAGUAAAUUUAGAUAAACCUGUUGUGAAUUAGCACUCAAAGACUCAAAUCUGGGAAUCUGGAAAUCUGGGAACAGUCGUUCUUUGACAUUUGGUGUAUUGAUGUUUGGGCCCAGUUUGAAGUAGAAAAUUAGUCACAAGUGUGAAAUAAAGUUCUUUUAUGUCUGUAUUGAUAUAAGUUUCUCAUUAGCUUGUCAUGCUGGUGUAAAGUUAAGUAUCCCGGGAACUAGAGGGUGUUUCAAAAGUUUGUUCUGAUUGUAAAUUGUGUUUCUCACAAAGCAUUAAUUUAAUGCUUCCUGAGGCAAAUGUAAACUGAUUCAGGUAGGACAGUUGUUUAAAUAACCGUUCAAAGCAAUUUCAAACUAAAAUUUGAAGAAAUUAUGGUAUUUUUUAAAUUUUUUCCGCAAAUGUGCACGUACGCGAAUUUUUUCCCGCCAUAUUUUUUGUGCCCAUUUUGUAGGUUUUCUAUUUUCGUUUUUGUGGCGUUUUCUUUUGUUUUCUCUACUCUUUCACGAAAAUGAAGGCGUGCACUGUUUGUGCUAGAGCUCAGGCAUCUAUUUUUUAGGUACUCUGUCCAUUUAAUCAAAGAAAUUGUAAAAUUGUUGAAGAAGUCUGAACGAUGAGAGAACAAGUGGUCAAAAGUAAAGACCUUACAAGACAAACCAAGGAGUAGAUGGCCGGUUUUUUUUACAAACUGUGUGAAAAAAUCGAAAAAGCUGUAAGUAUAUGUGUAAUAAUUCAACAAGACUGCAAGGUAAAAAGAAAACUUCAACUUCACAAUGUCAAAGUUUUGAACACAACGGUAUGGAGAUACGUGACCAACAAAGGUUGAAAAGCCUUGAAGAGAAAUGCCGCCAUGGCAUCAGAAGAAUUUGCAAACUUUAUACCAAAGGACGACCGGCAUUCACAUGAUGCGAACUCUCUGGUAACCAUGUGGAUUAUCGUUGAUGAGACAUUCAUACAAAGAUCCAGCCCCCAAAACACUGGACUAGCUAUUAGACAGCGACCACACUUCACCUGGAAAAUUGUGAAUUUACACACGCUAUGGGAGCUCGUACAUUCUAUACCUCACCGCUUAGAAAAUGUCAGAAAUCAUAAAGGAAGGCAUUCUGGCUGCUAAUAUUUCAGUUAGUCAAUGUUAAAUGAAUAGUGAAUAACAGCUUAGGUUUACCAAAGUUAUCUUUAAUAAUCAGUGAAAUUUAAGUGAAGAAAAAAUCGGAACGAACUUUUGAAACACCCUGUAUUCAUUAAGUUUUAUCGAGGAAUCGAGGAGAAUAUAAUGUUCUUUCAUGCUGUGGAUCGCUGUGGAUCAUGAACACACUGAAGACGAUCCAGGACAGCCAAUUUAUGUUUUAAAGAAUCCGUUCCAACAAUCAAUUGCAGAGCUGUUUUCAGUACUUAGAUAAUCUUCCCAAUGUAGUUCACCACUUUUUCCAAUCGGUUUUACUUGCAUCAAAAGGUGAAUGGUGCUAUGAGGUUAACAAACUGAAUUGUAAUUUGCCCAAGGAGGGGUAUGAAGCCAGUCAGUAUAAAAGAUGGACUUGCAGACUGCGGACUUGGUAUAAAACACGGACUAGGUAUAAAAUGCGGACUGCGGACUACGUUGCUAAAAACUGUGCUCAUUGGUUCUAGGUAAGGUAAAAUAAGAUCAGAAGAUUACUAAAUAGCACAUUAGUUUAAGUGAUAACUUCUCUAGAAAUUGCCGCCCGGUUCUCCAAAUCCUGAGCCUGACCAAAAUGCUAUUUUCUGCACCCAUUUUUACACCUGGUUUAAGUCUGUAGUGUCUAUGACACAGGUCACAAAUGCAAUGUACAUAUGUUUGCAUAGGUGUAAAUCAUGUCAUCAUUGCUUAGAAUAUAACUUUGGAUGAUAUAUUUUGGUUAUUAUUCACAUAUAGGUGAGUAACCCCUCCCCCCUAAAUACAGCUGUCUUGCAUCGUGAAACUGGCCCUAUGUGGCUAUAUUGACCUUCCCAUCCAGGUUCUUUAUAUUGUUGUAUCCCCAAGGCUUUGAAAUAGAAUUGUGGCAUCUGUAAUAAUUUUACCCACUAACACCAAUACUAUUUUUUUUCUAUUUGGUGCUUCUCAAUUUCACACCUCUUUUUAUAAAAUUCAGAGUUUCAUUUUCAGUUGGCUUGAGUAGUGGCAUCAGACCCUCUCUGCCUGUGCAGAAUGCUUUAAUUCCUUCUCCAAGCUGACAUUGGGGAGAACAGACUGCGUAUAACCAGCCAAAGGAAUGUCUGUGUGUGGCAAGAAGCUGGGACUACUGUUUUAUGCUACUGCAGUCCGCUAUCCGUUUCUCUCAGUUUUUCCUUUCUAAAGCUGUUUUCAUAAGUCUGUGUUUUGUGCUCAGUCCAUAGUUUCCAGUCCUCAUUUUAUACUAAGUCUGUGUUUUAUCCGCAGUCCGUGGUCCGCAGUCCGCAGUCCGCAGUCCAUGUUUUAUGCUGACUGGACCAAAUGCGAGUCAAACAUUUGUACACAGUAAUUUUUUUAUAUUAUUAGAAACACCCAUACAGUGUACGAUUAAUUAUUAUUGACAGAGGUAUUGCUGUAUACCUAUUGUAAUAUUUUAAAUAGCUUUCAAUGCUUAUUGAUUGAUUAAAAUCUUUGGGCAUUUAUUGUUUGCAUUAUGUCCGUGUUUAUAUUUACAUUAGUUCACAUGUUUAAAACUCGUUCAUCAACGGAUAUGAACAAUGUUGGGGCAGCACUUCAGUUCGGGUAUGGAAUCUCUAGUAGUAUAGAUUGUCUGAUGGUUUAAAUGGUUCAAAAGGGUGUCUGAUGGGAAGGCUAUUCUUUGGGGAAUGCACGUAGUAAGCAGCAGGGCCUGGGAUACUGCUAACAAACAGCCCAGGGCCCAGUUGUUUGAAGGCCGAUUAGUACUAACUGAGGGUUAAAUUUUAACCUGGGUUUCUUUUUCUUUUGUUCAAAAGCAUUUAUCGGAUAAUUUUCUCGAUUCUUUCUAGAGUAUCAAAUCAUCGAAUUGUGGGCAAAAAGAAUAAAACUGAAUUUGCUUUUUAAGCUUUCAUAUCUGAAUUGCAAUUUUUCACUAACCCUGGCUUAUCUUAACCCUGCUUUGAACAACCUGGCCCAGGUCAAGAUUUCAUGUCAGAAAUAGGCCUUGUGCAGGCAGCAACAAAGCAACCAGACAAAAUAAGUAAAAGUAAUGCUUAAUUUGAUUGUUUCUGCUGAAACUUUUAUUUUUUCAGAUCUGACUCAUUGACUCGUGACUCAUAUGACUCAUUGACUCAUUUGACUCAUAAACAUCCAUUCUUGUUUGUUUGCCGAAAUAAUGUUUAACGUUUGUUAAUAGAGGAGAACUUUAAAAAGUAAAAAGGAUGUAUUUGGCGGCCAUAUUUUUUUCUUCAUUCCGGGGCGAGAAGUCAUGUAGCAGCUCUUCUAACCCUAAAAGCCAAAUGGUUUGCUCCCCUAAGCUAAAACAAUGGAAAUAAUGAUGAACAAUAGAGAUCGUGUUAACGCAGAAAUCAUGCAUUUUUAUGCAAACAAAAUGAAAAAAAUGCAUCAUCAAAAUUUUGAUGUGUCCCCCAGGACACAAGAUGUUGACUUGAAGAACUCACUCCACUUACUUUGAAUCUUGAAUAGAUUUUGUUGUUUGAAUGACAUGUAAAAAAUUUCAAACAAAGCAAAUUUACAUUAUGGUUGCCAUAUUGGAUUUAACUAUGCAAAGGGGACUGGAGACGAUUUACACAUCCAGGAAACUUGAAUGAGCUCUCAGCAUGAUUGUUUGUUGUUUGCUCGAUUGUGCUGGUCGAGUGCCCACUUACAUGUACCUGUAAUAUGGCAAUGAACCGUGAAAAGGGAGGAAGACAUAAUCAGUUUUUAGACAAAUUAAUGGCUGAAACAGUUUGGAUGGCUACAAACAAGAGGCUCAGGCGAUGACUUAUUGAUGAUUUGUAAUAAGGAUUGCACAAAAGCUGGAAAGAAGAACGCGUUCACAAGUGGAUGCAAAAAUUUCAAUUUCAAUUUUUUUCUUAGGGGAGGGUCACCAAGAUUUUGGGACCCACCCAAAAUGCUUGGGGACCCCAAUUUGACCGGACAUGUGGGUCGGAGGACCUAGAUUAAAAAAUCCUAGUGCCAUCCCUGAAGAAUAUUGUGUUAAUGUUUUCUCUGACCGAUGAAAAGACACCUUAUGAGCAGAGAGAGUCAUACGGUUCAGUCAGUAGCCACGCAAUCGAUAGUUCAUAAAUUUCUUAAAUGUUCCCCGGCGUGCAACAAGCCUGAAAGAGUAUUAAUGAGUUUAUUGUGAGCUUUACGUCUUGCUUCGACCAGUUAAAGAUUUAAUUCUACACAGAAAUUUAAAACAAAAAACAAAAAAGUCAUCCUUGAAAACCGUCAGUCACCAUAGAGAAUGAAUAUAUACGUCUUUUAAACUUGAGUUGUCAGCGUUUACCCAGGUCUUCCAGUGGAUAGGGAUGUUAACUUUUAGUUCUAACUGAUUCUGAGGGUCCGGGUUAGAAUUCCCUUGAAGCAAAUUUUUCAUAACCUUUUUUUUUUCUUUUUUUUUUUACAUCUCAUUUUUACUCUCUUUUUUACCUGUCUGGUGCAUAUAGCUAGUAUAACAUAAUGUGGUAAAUUGAAAGCAAAGUUUACAGGGAUAUAAAAAAUGUGGUAUGUACCAUAGCGUAUCUUAACUGCUAUUUUUAUUAUAACUGGACACUGUUAUUAUUACUCAGCUCAAUUGUCGGUUUUCACGUGCCUGAUUUAAUUCGAGAGGUAACUGCUUUGAGAUGGGUUGUCUGAAUCAACUAAAUUUGACAGUUUCAAAUUGAAUACGACUUUGUUGAAUUAGUGACUGAAAUAGACUUAGGUUCAACAUUUGAUUUAGAAGUCGCAUUUUACAUGUGCCAAAUAUAAUGCAUUAAUUAUAGAAACCCAUCCAUAUUGGAUAAAAAAGUUUUUCUAGAGACUGGGAAUAUGAAGUUAAAUUCGGUACCAUCAUAAAUUUUGAAUCACCCUGAAAAGUUACUCCUAAUAGGGAGAGAUCCUUAUAUGACGGGAUACCACCAAUGGGUGCACAUUCCUUAUUAUUGUUUUUCUUUCUAAAAAUAAGUUCCUUACAUUUACUUGGAUUAUUUACACAACAUGCUGUUAUCUUUGGACCAUGUUAAAAAUUGAUUUACUAGGUGCUGUGGUGAUGUGUCACGAUUGUACCAGACAGGUGCGACUAAUGUAGAGUCACAGUAACAGAAGUGUGUCCAAUUUCUAAAUCAUUAAGAAAAAUAUUAAACAAGUAUGGCCCACUCACACUACCUUCUCUAGUGGUACCUUUGUUAACCAGUUUCCACGUUUUAGCUCAGGCAUCCAUAAUCAUGACUCUGUUCUGGCAUCAGACCACCCCAACCUACAUAGGUAUUUGUAAUUGCUGCGGAGCGACCGAAGGGAGCGAGCAGCAACAUAAUCAGGAUUUAAAGGAAAUAUAUAAAGGGGCGACGAAUUCUCGAAUUCAUCACUUUUUACCACAAUGCAUUGCAUUUAACCACACUUUUUACCACAAUGCAUUGCAUUUAACCAGAGUGCAUUGCGCCACGAACAACUCAAAUAAAAACACGGGGAAGUAGUGCAUCGUUCACUGCUCAGUUCUACAGCACGGUUAGAGGUCUUACCAAAUUUUAAGACACGCAGGAGUCUUUCAGAUGAGGACGAUGGUUUUAACUUGGGGAGUGGAUUUCAAUUCAAGAGCAUUUGACUCGUCCAGGUGUUAAACCUGACGAGAAGAUGAGCAUUUGCUCUUCGACUCCGCAACACGGGGGAUAUACAAAUUCCAGCUUGCUAGAAGGUGAUGUGAAAGUGAGAAAAUGUCAUAUAAUGCUAUUCUUAAGAAACUGUAUGAGCCGAAAAUGGAUGUGAUUUUACCAUUCGCUUCAAAAUAACAGCGGAAAUCGAGAUAACAAAACAUAUGUUUUGUGUCCUACUUUGCAGACCAGGACGUGUAUCGGCAUUUUGAAAAGCAUAAUUAUGUUCUUUCAUUCAUUCAUUGCCAUGGAAUAUGCGUUUACAUUGUUUUUUCACUGUUAAUUAAGCUCGGUUAACGCGGCUGGCGAUCAUCUUGCCGGCAGAAGUUUCAUAGAAAAGGAAUAGAAUGAAACACUUUUCCCAGUAAUUACGUAAUCAGCCUCUGUGGUGUAGUGGUUAGGUGUAGUCGCGUCGAGUCGAAGGUGCUGGGUUCGAUAAAUAUAUAGCUAAAUAACUGUUACUUAAAAAAGUGCAACAAACAGCAAGAAAAGUAUUGUGUUUCCAGAGAAAAUAUCGUGCACUGUAUAUAAUAAAUAUCUGGAUAAUCAAUGUCAAUUUCUAUUAUUUCCUACAAUUUACUGUGGGAAAACCAGAGUUGAUAACCACUUGAUCAUUUUCUAAACAACGUUCCCACGAGUUCUUUCUAUAGACUGAUAGUAAUUAUUCUAGUAAUUUCCAACAUGUAAAUAGGGCAUUCAAUGUCAUUUUUGAUUCCUUUAAGUCUCACUGCCUAACAAAUUCCAGUAUCAACAGAAUGUGCCGCAGCAUUACUAUCUUUUAGAUACCCUAGUAAGUAUUUUCAGUGUUUCAUCUGUUACCGUAAACUCUGCAAAUGAGUUGCACUCCUGUCCCUCUAGGACAAAAUUUAAAGCUGUGGGAAAAAGAAGACUCAUGAUGAAUCACACAGGUUUAAUUCAAAAUAUCCAAAUUGCUACAAACAUCAUAGACCUCAGCAUUCAGGGAUCACUUGGGAAAAUUUACCAAAAAUCAUAAGAUCUUAAUAACUGACAGAAGUAGUGAUCCUAUUUUAUGCAACAUUUGCCAAAACAAUGUUCAUCUGGAAGGGUAUCACCCAGAAUGCUGAGUUUGUCUAUUUGCACCAUUUUUCUAAUAGCCUGUAUGGCUGGUACAAAAGGGGAAAAAAAGAGGAGAAAACCUCCAAUCCCCUCCUGUUUUUUUCCUUUCCUCCCCAACCCUUUUGAUGCUUUUCCACCUCACUUCUACAUGUAUGUACAUGUUAGGCCUGGCCCACUGCUCUCCUUAAAAUGUCCAACAUAAAAAUGCAAAUUAUGAUUCUUACUCCACUGGCACCAAUAGUUAAUUGGGGAUAGCCUGCCUGGCAGGCGUUGAAAAGGGAAGGGAAAAGGGAAAAUCCUCAUAGUUCCGAUAGUAACCCGCAUGGCUCUACAUCAUGCUGAGGGAAUAUUUAUUUCUAACUUAUUUGAUCAAGGAUCACUAGGUUAUCAGAAAUUAAUUACCAUUAUUUUUGUCUUUCUUUAAGCUAUGCCAUCAUCAUUUUGCCAGACUUGAUGUUUACUUUUCUUUUACAGAGUGGAAUGUUUCAUUCAAAGUAUUGCUGUGCAACAGGAGGAUCAAGCAGUGGAGGUCUGAGUCCCGGCAGCAUUCUACUAAUCAUGUAAGGCUAAUUAACAGGCCUGGGCUACAUACAGUAUCUCAAGUUUUACGGAGAUCAAGCUUUUUAACCCAAUCCACUUUGCCAUUUUAGUUGAUCUGAUUGUUGUUCCCAAAAGGACACCUUAGUUGAGCAUGCACAUUUAAGUAUUUAUUGUGAUAUAAUUCCCAAAAGUCAUCCCUUAGCAUAAUUGCCAAAUUAUUAAGACUCUUGUUGUGAACGUAAGCUGAGACUGGCCGGAAUUUUGGAUGGCUCUGGUCGUGUUCACCACACUGUAAAUGACUUUAGGAAAUCCUUUUGCAGAUGUGUCCAUUAUUCCAGUGCGUAACCCAUUGGCUUUUUAUUGAUAUUUUGGUCAAGAAUUUUAGAACUUAAACCUUAGCUUUGCUUGUCCGUGAUUACUAAAAGCCUUUAUAUGUUUCAUUUUUAAGAAAGAAAGGCAUUCAACAGACAGAAAACUAAUGUAGGCUUGUUUUCUUUACAGAUUUUUCCCCCUGCUUCUUAUGUAUUUUAUCAUUGGAAUUCUUGUAAACCGUUAUGGACGAGGAAUAGAAAGCAUGCCAGAGUUAAUACCCAAUUAUUCUUUCUGGGCUGAUAUUCCUUUCCUUGUGAAGGUAAAUACUGACUUCUGUUAACCCUUUAAAGGGGCUGUGUCAUGGCAGUCCAGUUCGUUUUGUUUAAUUUUGCCAAGUGCUUUCCCUCAGUCACUAUUUAAUUUAAAGUAAGCAAAAGAAAUUACAAGUAAAUGACAAAAUUAGAGAUCCAAGGCAAACAAAUAUGUCUCCUGAGUAUUAUUUUUGAGGUUGCAUGCAGCAGGGAUCAACUUUGAAAAACUGUUAGGUUGAACAGUUUUCAAAAACCCUAAUUUCAACCCUAAUUUUUAAUCUUCUUCAGUUUUGCCCAUCCGUGGCAUCUGUUGUUUCUGUUAUGUUAUUUUAACCUUCCUUUAAAGUUUUAAGCGGUUAUUUUUAUGUUUCUCUUAAUGUAACGGGCACUUUGUAAUUUCCCAAUUUGGCUGAAUUUCGUGACACAGCUCCUUUAAGUGUCACUGUCUGAGAAAGUGUUCCAGGGUUCAAAAGUUGUAGUCAACCGAUUUGGCUGAAACUUGGCACUCUGACAUAAUUUAUGGUUUUGGAGUUUCAGGGAGGUCUUAUUUUUUGCCCUUUGAGCACCAAAAGUCCAGCCUUCCGGGGGACAUUUUGAAAGUGCAAUAAAACACCAUUGGUAAAUUGUGCUGCCAAAUGAAUUUGACCAUAGACUCUACUAUAACAGAGCUUUCAGUUCAUGCAUGUAACUUUGUCCUCAAGGUACUGGACAGAGAGGAGCUUGGGGCUAGAGUUUGGCCAAAUUUAUGUCACAAUUAUUACACCCCAAAACUGCCAUUUUUCAAAAUUUCAGUAUAUUUACCAGCCUUCUUGUAUAACUUCCAUACCUAUAACAUUAUUUACUUUAGUCACCAAAUGAUCAAAGUCAUUUGAGAAAAAUUUGGCUCAUUAAGGUUACAUGCAUUAAGUAAACUGGUUAGGGGGGGGGGGGGGGGGGGGAGGCAGAGGAAAUUUUUUAAAGGGGCAAAACUUUUUAAGAUCCCCUCACAGCAUACAGAAUUUUUUGACACCCCCCAAGCAUGCAAGAACUGAAAGCUCUAAUAGCGGGGCUCCCGCGCGCGAAGCGCGCGUGGGACAGAGCCCCAUACCCAUGGAAUAUGGUCAACCUCUUUUCGUUUGGUUGUCACGUGAUUGACCGAGCGUACGUACGUACGUACGCGUCUACAGAUUGUAUGGGUGGGGUAGGGGAGACUAUCAAAAGGAAGGGAGGGGUGUCUCAGGCGUGUCUUGGCAAGCCCACAUCUUUAAUAUAGGACAUUAACAAUAUGGUCAAUUGACAGCUGUCCAAACAGGAUAGCCACUGACCAGUAUCCCAUGACCAUAUCGCCUGCUCAUGUGUCAACUCAUCGAGGUGACGUGAUUUAUUUGGAAGCUGUCCGCUGACCAGUUAACUGUUUUACUAGAUCGCGAACAACGUUCAAUCUCAUACUUUUACUAGUUUGGGAGCACAGGAAAACUGAUAAUGCACACAUAUUGGACAUCAAUGUUUUGAUCAAUUGACAGCUGUCAAAACAGAGUACCCGCUGACCAGUAUCACUUGACCGUAUCGCGGGCUCAGGUGUCGACCUGUCGAGGUCAAGUAUUUUUUGAAGUUAUCCGCUGACAAGUAAACUAGUUUUCAAGUGAUCGCAGGCUCAAGUUCAAUUUUUUUUCUUAAUUCAUAUGACAUAUGUUGUGUUUAUGUGCUGCACAAUUAAAAUUUUGAUUGCAAACUGACCUCGGACGUGAAAAUUCAGCCAGCUGUUACAGGCAGGAAGACAGUUGCUUUUGUUUUUCUCACAAUGGUCACGCGUUGGUCACGCUCUACGUCCAAUUUUUAUGCUCUGAUUGGUCAAAAUUUGACAUGUGAGUUCAUGCGCAAAAUUUAUGCAGCAUCUUGAAUCUUGUUUACUUUAACAGCUGAAGCUGACAGAGUUUUGUGUCAACUUGUGAUGUUUUUAACUGUCUUUUUCCACUGGAUGUACAAAAUGAAAUUCAGCUGCUAUCAGGAGUCUUCUGUUACUCAUGGCUAGUUUGUUUAUUGGGUUUUUGGUUGAGAAAACGUCGCUUGUCAAAGUCGGAAAUCCGAUUUCGGAUGGCAUCGUUUUCGUUUUCACCUUGCUUGAUGCGUAAGAGGAUUGCAAAGUCUGAAGCGAUACUGGCUUUACCUGAUAACUUUCAGGAGCUGCAUCUCGAAUGGUAAGCCAGAGAAAUUAUUGUAUUUCAUGUUUGUUUUUUGUAUCUAAUUUAAUGAAGUGGAGCGUAGUUUAUGCGGGAAUUUAGUUUAUGCGCGUUUGUAAGUUUUGAGACAACGAUCUCACCGAGUAUCUGGUUUGAUAUAAUCUUACAGAACUUUAAAAAGCCUUUAGACAGUUUCUCACCGCAAAUAGAAAGAAAAUGUUCCAAAGAAUCUUUAGUUAUAAUUCUAGCCGGAAAAGAAAGCUUUGAGCGAUUUUCUUGCCUCGAGUUCGUCUUUGAAAAAAACAAACACCGGGAAGCUGGCUUAAAACAUAAACUUCAGCAAACUUAAGCUUGAAGCUUGAAGACUCAGGAUAUUUAGGGACACUUUAAUACUUGUCUUCCUGAAUGAAAAUUGUUGUCUCUGUUUAUGUUUCACCGAAUUAUAUUUCUUUUAUUGAUUGUUGGUAGUCUCUCUUGCAAUUUUAAUCGCUAUGCCGAUUGUUUUCAGUCGUUCAGUGAACAUCGCUUGCAGGAGUUCUCAAAAUGCCGCGCGUUAAACCAUCAAAAAAAAAAAAUAAACAUGAUAAAUUCUUUAUUAUCUUGGAGCGUAACUCUGUUAAUGUUCAUUCAAACACUCGCUAGAGCUCGCACUACAAAAGUGAGAACCGGAUGGUCGUAUAGGUGAUUUUGGAAAACUUUUUUAACAGUUUAUGAAUAUUGAAUGAGAGCAAUUUGUAUUGUGAAAUACUGCUUUCUGUCCAUGGUAUAAAAGGUUGGUUUACACGCACCCAGAUUUGUUGGCAAGAUUUUGCAAAGUAAACUUGUCGAACGCCAAAACGUUGGCCUGAUUUUUUUUCUAAGCCUAAUUGAUCUACGGUGAUCAAUAGCCAUUACGGCUCUUAAAUGUGAUAAAAGAUGAUUACCAGUUUUUGAGUGUACAUAUGAGGCUAUCAACUCGAUGUAAGAUUUGGUUCACUCUUGGGCUGUUUGCAAAUUAUUUUUCUCUAAAAUCAGGUAGCCUUUCCCUCAAAAGUCACAUAAAUGUGCUCGAAAGUUAACUGAAUUGUGGAAUUCGAAUACAAGUUUAUUGUUUAAUUUAAAUUAUAAAUUUACUAAUGGGAGCCUCGCUUUUAGCCCUGGCUAAAUCUAUAUAUUAUAGUAGACUUCAUGGUCAAAUUCAUUUGGCAGCUUAAUUUACCAAUGGGAUUUUAUAGGCAUCUCAUAUUUUUCCCUUUUUUGCUCGCGGGUAACAAAGGAAAAAGGCUGAGACAUCCGCAGGCUAAGGUAGUAAAAAAAUAUGGCUAAUUUCAAGCUCCUUAGUAAAUGAAAAGAAUGUAAUAAAUGUCAUGAUGUUUGUAGUCGAGGUUGUGAAGUCGCAAUCGCCAGGCCGAGGGCGCUCUAUUCCUUGAACUUUAGAGACACUUACAGACAGUUUACAGAGAGCAAGAGCAUUUUCUGGGUUCACAUAUGUCGUGUGUUGUUGAUACUUCCAAGAUCAUUCAGUUAUGUCAAAUGCGCACUUUGUGCUCAGGUGAUAAAGAAAAAUGGCAAAUUUUGAAUUCGAUGUUCGAUGAAUGGUGAAAUGAUUGUCAUGUCACGAACGUGGAGAAGAAGUGUUAUGUCUAAAAAUCUAAGUUCUAAAAAGAGGAGCAUCCCUUGGGGUUAGGCUGCAAAAAAUCCCCAAUUUUGCGUUCGUCAAGAACGCAGGCAGUCGAAAAAAGGGCCUGGAGCAAGGGUAAAAAGGGCGAGCAAGACAGGCGAUGAAGAAACGCGCGCUUACCUUGAAAACCAAUUUUGUGAUAAUUAAACCGACUGUUUUGUAGCCUGUUGGGGGCUAAUUCCCCUUUAAAAAUGACGGUGUGCCCGUCAAAACUUUGCAAAGUGUACAUCCUAAAGAUACCAGAAUUUCGUUUUGUUAGUUGGUGAAGUCCAAGGUUGCUUUCAUCCCUUAGAAAUGCCUUUGUAAAGAAACAAAUCGAGUGAGAGUGACAAAUUGUCACCACGAUUAACACCAACAAAAUUCUACAUAAGUUUGAAAUUGAUGAAGUUUAAUGAACUUGUAUCUCCGUUCUUCCUUCAUCAAACGGCUUGAAAUAGAGCCAAACUAAGUGUAUCAAGCGCUUGAUGGCCGCUUAAUAGAGGUGACAACAAUGGGAGAACUCUUGUUGGGACGGCAAAAAGGCGGCCGUGGCCAGUUUUCUACAAUAGGGACUUUAAAAUCCAACGACGCGACGGCAAAGAGAACGUCGCUUAAAAAGUGAAUUUGCGUUCCUUCAGUCUUUGUAGCGACUAUUCCUACCCACUUACUUUGUCAAUUGUAGGCGAGCCCUCCUGAAGCUGAAUUUCAAGGGACCAUAUCCAAGCUCUGAGAAAGAGAAGUAAAAUUUCGUCGUUGCUUGUUUACAUCCUCCAUAAAACGCAAAAUUAGGCAUUUUCACGUCGUAGUCGUGCAAAAACAGGAAAGAAAUGUACAAAAAAGCGUGAUGCACGUGCAAAGUUGUUGUUUUGCUUAUUAAACCAAUUGUUUUUUUUGACGUUCUCGUUGCCGUCCGCGUCGUAGGGAGCUUAAUAGGGACUUAAAGAUCCAACGACGCGGACGGUAACGAGAACGUCAAAAAAACAAUAGGUUUUAUUAGCAAAACAACAACUUUGCACGUGCAUCACGCUUUUUUGUACAUUUCUUUGCCCGUUUUUGCACGACUACGACGUGAAAAUGCCUAAUUUCGCGUUUUAUGGAGGACGUAAACAAGCAACGACGAAAUUUUAUUUCUCUUACUGUACUUGGACAUGGUGCCUAGGAAUUCAACUCCAGGAGGGUUCGCCCACAUUUGACAAAGUAAGUGGAUAGCAAUAAUUGCGAUAAAGACUGAAAGAACGCAAAUUCACUUUUUAAGCGACGUUCUCAUUGUCGUCGCGUCAUUUGAUCUUAAAGUCCCUAAUAGAGAGCUUAAGCGACGACGACGCGGACGGCAACGAGAACGGCAAAAAAGCAAUAGGUUUGAUUAGCAAAACAACAACUUUGCACGUACAUCACGCUUUUUUGUACAUUUCUUUGCUGUCGUUGCCCGACUACAACGUGAAAGUGCCUUAAUUCACGUUUUGUCGAGGACGGGAACACAAGACGACAACUUUCUUUUCUUUUCCUGAACUUUGAUAGAGUUGUUUAGAAUUCAACUCCAAAAACAUUUGCCAACAUUUGACGAAGUAAACGAGAUGGAAUAAGCGCGAUAAAGUUUGAAGCGGUGCGAAUUCACUUUUUAAGUGACGUUUUUGUAUCCGUCACCGUCGUUGUUGCUUAAGCUCCCUAAUCAACGACGACGGCGACGGUACGAGAUCGUGACUUAAAUAGUGAAUUCGAUCUGCCUCGAACUUUUUCGUCCUUAUUCCAGCUCGUUUAAUUCGUCAAAUGUUGGCAAAUUAUUUUUGGAGUUGAAUUCUAAAGGAAUUUAUCAAAGUUCACGAACAGAAAAAGAAAGUUGUUGUCUUGUGUUCCCAUUCUCGACUAACCUGAGAUCAGGCCCAAUUUUAGCGGUUCUCAUACGUUCUCUCUAACGGUUGUUCGUUUCACCCUACCCACCGGAAUGUUAUUACAGAGCGAAACGAAAAUUGAGCCUGAUCUCAGGUUAAUCCUCGACAAAACGUGAAAUUAGGCACUUACACGUUGUAGUCGUGCAACGACGGCUAAUAAUCGUACAAAAAAGCGUGAUGCACGUGCAGAGUUGUUGUUUUGCCAAUGUAAGGCUAUUGCUUUUUUGCCGUUCUCGUUGCCGUCGCCGUCGUCGUUGCUUAAGCUUCUUAUUAUAAUUUCAAGACUUAUGGACUAUUGGAGGUUCAACUGUAUAAAGGUGAUGUUACACGAGACGAAUUUUAGCGCAAUGCAGCGUGGCAACAGUGCUGCGACAUUAGGGCCAUUUAUACGAGGAAAAAUAAGACGCGUCUUACAUAAGACGCGUCUUAAAUAAGACGCGAACUGUACCAUUUAUACGAGCAUGUCUUAUCUAAUAAGACGCGUCUUAGCAAGCCGCGUCUUAUUUUAAACGAAAUGUGCCGUUUAUACGGAAAGUUCGUGUCUUAUUUAAGACGCGUCUUAUGUAAGACGCGUCUUAUUUUUCCUCGUAUAAAUGGCCCUAUUGUUUCGAAUGGUUAUAACAUUGUUCCAACAUUCCAACGCUGUGUUGCGCUAAAAAUUGUCGUUGCGAACCGUCCCGUGUAGCAUCACCUCGAGAAAUGCCUGACAUGUACUAGAGCUACAAUCCUGGACAAAACUACUUAAGAAAAUGUUUUCAUUAAUGCGCACUACCUAACGCAACAAAACUAUUUCCAAAUCAACGGCUUUGCGUAAAGAAAACCCCCUCCCCCAGUUCAAAGUUGCUUCCUACAAAUGCUUAGGGAUCCCUCUUUCUUUGGAAGACCAAACAACACUGCUUCCAGGGGGAGGGGGUGGGGGAGGGAAGAAUCGGUCGGUUACGAAGUUUAGAAAAAAUUCCCCCCAAGUGUGCAAUUUUCUCAACAGUUUUGUCCAAGAUUGUACCUGCGUAUUAGCUCACGCCUUGUUUGACGGUGAAGUUGAAACGAUAGGGAGCAUGUAUAUUAGAGACGAUAUGUUUCCAUUUUCUCAAAAUAACUAGUUACUCACUAGCAGUGCAGUGCAGGCGUAUUAUGGGCGGGCGAAAGCUGCUUGUUUAUGUUCGUACUGUUGUAACCGCCAUCUUUGAUGUUAUGACGGAAGAAGAUGAGGGAGAGUGAAAAUAGUAACCCUUAGGGUAGGUGCUAGGGCGAAAGGAGGAAAGGGGGGAGGGGAGGGGAGGGGAGAAGAAAAUAAGCUGUUUUCUCUUCUCUCUCCCCGCCCCAUUUUCUCCUUUCUUUCCGAGUUCCAAUAUGGCGCUUUCGCGAGCAACGUCUGGCGCCCGAAGAAAACGCCUGUACUGCAGGCUAGUUACUCACUGUCCAACUAGCUCAUUACUAGCCUGUGUAAUUAAAAGUUUCCAGUGCUUGAAGAAUUUUUUCAUGCCAUUUUUUUUUGUCCAAUAUUAUUAUUUCCUUUUUUUUCUUAGGAUGGAGUUGUAUUCACAUAUGACCGUAUAAAGACCACUUGUGCAGGGAAGUGUGGUAAAAGUGGAUAUGCAGAGAUAUAAACUAUGAAUAAACGUAGGUUAAAUUUGCUAUUGGCAGCUUUUUUAUAUAAGAAAAUCUUUCCUGAUGAGCAAUUAUUUUAUUUAAUCUUUUUUAUUAUGUUUUUUAGGAAUUUUGAAUCGAUGAAAUUUAGCUAGGAAUUACAAAGAUAAAUAGAAACAAAUAAUUAAAUACAUCGCAGACUUGUUCCCAGUCCUCAGUUAUUUGUUAAGUGAGGUGUUAAAAUUAGCUUUGCGAGGAUAUUGGGAAGAUCGAACGAAUAGUAAGGACGCUUCCCCCGGAUCGGUCAGACUUCCCUCGCGUUCUCAUCAAAUUUGCUCUAGAAGCGCAUGGGAACGAGCGUAAAUCUCGCCUACGAAAAAGAGAGAAGUGUGACGUCACGUCACCAUGGUAGCAAAAUCUUCGGAUGUCAAAAAUAUCUUUCUUGGCCGAGACAGCAAUUUGCACUGUCGAACGAUUGUAGAAAUGUAUCGGCUACCGUUUUGUUCCUGAGUGCAAGCAUGAACGGGAAAGUCGUGGUAGUGUUACCUUUUUCGUUUUAUUUUUUGCUGCCAUAUUUGCCGGACAUAAUUUGUUGAGAUCCAGAAGUUGUGCUACCAUGGCAACGUGACGUAACGCCUUUUCCUCUCUAUUGCACGGGGUCUCGACCCCCCAGCCGGGUUCAGAGAGCUUACAAUACAUGCAACCUAACCUGGUGCUCUUUAGAGUCAUAACUUUUACGGCUGUUUCGUGCUUGCAGUUAGUCGCAAUAAUGAUGAAAGUAGUGCACGCGCUUUUACUGGUCGCGACUGACCAUAACCGCAAGCACGGAACAGAAUAAGUCAAGGCCGCGCUGACGGCGCGGUCAAAUGAAGAAAAAAAAAGCGAAAGUUAAGAUUAUCAUUUUCACUGCAAAGUUUACUCUGAUACCAAUUCAUUGUUCCAGGGGCCCUGUAUUGUUUAUUUACUAACUUUCUGAAAGUAUACUGCAACUUACUGCAAAAGAUCUAAGCUUUAAAACUAAAAAUGCAAAAUUGUGGGUGCUAUUUGCCAAAAUAAUUUUGCUUGGCUGCAAAGAGUUUUUGUCAAAAAGAAGCUCAUAUUGUAAUUGUGAGGGAUUUGAAAAGACAGCUAGAUUAACUAUUGUAUAAAGCUUUGACCAUGUUUUCAUUUAACAUCAAAUUAAAACCCGCUAGGCAAAGCAGGUGGAACGGUCCCAUAUUCGUCACGGUCAAUUCCUUAUGUUCUUAAAUUCCAUGUAUUACCGCUGUUACGUUUUGCCUUCUUUAACGGAUCAAAACAGAUUCAGAUUUAGUUCAAAAGAAUCCGUAGCAGUUCUUCAAUAAUUUAAGAUUUAGUAUUGAAAUUUAAAUUAAAAUUUAUGCUUGACUUGUGCGAGUUAGGUCUGUUUCAAACGUCGUGCUACUGCCGUGCCGAACUCAAUUGAUCAAAUUAAAUUCGACUUUUAUAGCACGGCAUUAGCGCGACGUUUGAAACCAAGUUGUGCUACCGCCGUGCCGAACUCGAUUCAUAAAUUAUAAAUACAUUAGAAUACAUUUAAACGUUUGCCAAACCGUUUCUUUAUUUUUGUGUUUUGUUUUCGGCAACAGCCGUUUUAUUCGACUGAAUUAAAUUCGACGUCUGAAACCAGGUCGUAGUAGUGUCGUGCUGCAGUCGAGCCAACUUAGCGCAAAAGUAGCACGACGUUUGAAAUAGGCCUUAAGCUUUUGUACAUUAUUCGCCUGGGAAACUGCCCACCUACCCCUCCCUUAAGUCAACAUUAACACUUACUUCUCACGUUGGGCAAAAUUGUGACUUAGGGGAGGGAUAGCUGGGCAGUUACGCAGAAACCUCAAAUGAUAUUCUAGCCUUUUUGCGAGGCAAAACAUUCAGCAUUAUUCCAGCAUUUUAAUAGAAUUUUCCCUGAAAAUUGAUUACAAAAGCCUCUGUAUGAUAUGAGCAU